CAAGGGCCUUGUUCUCUCAGUCGGUGGGCAACAUUCACGUUGAAAAGGCUGUGCAACUUUGCAGUCGCCAUCAUUCGCCCUUGUUCUUUCAGCACACAAAGAACCGGCCCACUUUUUCUCCCUUUAUUGUCUUGAAAAUUUCACAAAGCAAAAAGUUCUUUGCACUAUUUCCCUAGUUUUUUAAAGUAAUUCCACAUCCUCAUUACCCAGCACGUUAUUAAAUUCGCCGGAUUUCUUGUUUUUUUUCUCAAUCGUGACGUCUGAAAUUCCGCCAACCUUAAAGAAAAUGGAGGUUAUGCCGCUACCAGUAACUCUUGAUUUUACUGAAGAUGUGUGGAACUUGAGCUUAGAAGAUGCAGAGGAGCAGACGGCAAGGGACGUUCUUGCAGAAUUAUUAGCUGCAGAAUUGCGACAAGCUCGGGCCAGGUAUCGCUUAUCCAAUGGCCAGCAGCAGCGAGCACCCAAUGAAAUCUUGUUGCCGGCCGGUAUACUCCAGUCUAUCGCCAGGGAUAUUCUCAUCGCUUCAGUUGACGAGCCCUGCGGUAUUAGGGGAUGCAUGGUGUUUAUUGAUUUUGAAGAGCCCAACAGCCGCAAUAACGAAGAUCGGAAGCAGCGGAUUGGCGCAGUCAAAUGCCAUCCGUACACGGUCAAUACUUUUGAAUUGUACCUGACGCUCCGUCCACACUCUUCUUGGACUUCUAAGCUUCCACUUUUCCUCCAGAAUUUGGCUUACCGUUCCACAAUGGUCAUCAGUCAAGACUACUCUCUGGUGAAGCGCAAACUCUUCCGCUCAUCUAGUCAGUAGAGGAAGACAGAAAAGAAAAAUAAUUAUUGAAAAAAAAAGGGGCAGCUCCUAAAGAGGAAGGGAUCGUCUGCGUGCGAUUUAUCUCGAAAGGAAGUUGGAAAGAUGACUAGUACGACGACGAGCAAUCUCUUUGCACAGAGGGGUGUGCCACCCACUACCACAUUAUUAUUAUUAUUACUAUUAAUAUUUUCUUCGGGAAGUUGUCUUUCAAAUUGGAACAAAGGUAAAAAGAUAAAAAAAAAAAAUAUGAUAUUGUGUAUGUGUCAUGUAUAGAGUUCUACAGAGAAAAAUACUGUGUUACUACGU